CUGCGUCCGCGGAGGACAUACAAAGAUGGUGGGUAAAAGUUGAGAUGGUCUCUCGCAUCAGUUUUUGUCACAUUGAAAACACAUGCUGCUGCCACCAGAAUUAAACAACCUUCAACUAACCUGGGUUACACCUACACCAAGCCUGUAGGGGGCGAUAACGCUCCACCGAUCAAUUAUAACCCCAAUACUGUAGAAGAAGAAGACCGAGGAAGUGCGUCUCCACUAACGACGAAGCGAAGCGGCUGAAUGGAGAGAUGAAAGUGUUUGUUUCUUAAGUUUUGUGUGUGUGUGUGUGUUUUUUGAGUAAUUAUGGCCGGAAAAAGGAAACCCGAGGUGACGGUUCCUGCGGAGGAGAGCGACCAGCUGCUGAUCCGCCCGCUAGGAGCUGGUCAGGAGGUGGGACGCUCCUGCAUCAUCUUGGAGUUCAAGGGCAGAAAGAUCAUGCUGGACUGUGGGAUCCAUCCUGGCCUGGAGGGGAUGGACGCGCUCCCCUACAUCGACCUGAUUGAUCCAGCUGAGAUCGACCUGCUGCUCAUCAGCCACUUCCAUCUGGAUCACUGUGGAGCCCUGCCCUGGUUCCUGCAGAAGACCAGCUUUAAGGGACGCACCUUCAUGACCCACGCCACCAAAGCCAUCUACCGCUGGCUGCUGUCGGACUACGUCAAAGUCAGUAACAUCUCCACCGACGAUAUGCUCUACACGGAGACGGACCUGGAGGACAGCAUGGAGAAGAUCGAGACUAUCAACUUCCACGAGGUGAAGGAGGUGGCUGGCAUCAAGUUCUGGUGUUACCACGCCGGCCACGUGCUCGGGGCUGCCAUGUUCAUGAUCGAGAUCGCUGGCGUUAAGUUACUGUACACAGGUGACUUCUCCCGUCAGGAGGACAGACACCUGAUGGCUGCAGAGAUCCCCAGUGUGAAACCGGACAUCCUCAUCACCGAGUCGACGUACGGAACUCACAUCCACGAGAAGCGGGAGGAGCGUGAAGCUCGUUUCUGCAACACCGUGCACGACAUCGUGAAUCGUGAGGGUCGCUGUCUGAUCCCCGUGUUCGCUCUGGGUCGAGCUCAGGAGCUGCUGCUGAUCCUGGACGAGUACUGGCAGAACCAUCCGGAGCUCCAUGACAUUCCCAUCUACUACGCCUCGUCUUUGGCCAGGAAGUGCAUGUCCGUCUACCAGACCUACAUCAACGCCAUGAACGAUAAGAUCCGCAAGGCCAUCAACGUCAACAACCCGUUCGUCUUCAAGCACAUCAGCAACCUGAAGAGCAUGGACCACUUUGACGACAUCGGCCCCAGCGUGGUGAUGGCCUCCCCUGGUAUGAUGCAGAGCGGCCUGUCCAGAGAGCUGUUUGAGAGCUGGUGCACCGAUAAGAGGAACGGGGUCAUCAUUGCGGGCUAUUGUGUGGAGGGAACGCUGGCCAAGCACAUAAUGACGGAGCCUGAUGAGAUCAACACCAUGUCGGGUCAGAAGCUUCCUCUGAAGAUGUCGGUGGACUACAUCUCCUUCUCGGCUCACACGGACUACCAGCAGACCAGCGAGUUCAUCAGAGCGCUCAAACCUCCGCACGUGAUUCUGGUCCACGGAGAACAGAAUGAAAUGGCGCGGUUGAAGGCCGCUCUGAUCCGGGAAUACGAAGACAACGACGAGGUUCACAUUGAAGUCCACAACCCGAGGAACACCGAGGCGGUCACGCUCAACUUCAGAGGGGAGAAGUUAGCAAAGGUGAUGGGUGUGUUGGCUGACAGGAAGUGCUCUCAGGGUCAGAAGGUGUCUGGGAUCCUGGUGAAGAGGAACUUCAACUACCACAUCCUGACUCCAUCAGACCUCAAUAUGUAUACAGAUCUGUGCAUGGGCACCGUCACCCAGACCCAGGCCAUCCCCUACACCGGGCCCAUCAGUCUGCUGGUCAGCCAGCUGCGCAACCUGGCAGGUGAUGUGGAGCAGGUGGAAGGAGCAGAGAAGAUCACGGUGAAGAUCUUCCAGAACAUCAGUCUGGUCCAUGACGCUGGGAUGGUCAUGUUGGAGUGGAUGUCCAGCCCUCUCAACGACAUGUAUGCUGACGUGGUGGCCACCGUGGUCCUGGAGGUCCAAUCCAAUCCCAACGCUCAGAAGUUCCUGGAGGGGCGCAGGGAAACCUUCGACAUGGACGUGUUCCAGGAGAGACUAGAGCUCAUGCUGCAUGACAUGUUUGGAGAAGACUGCGUAAAUGCUGGAGAUGAAAAGAACUUAAGUGUGACGGUGGACGGUGUCACGGCAACCAUUGACCCUGAGACGCGGGCUGUGACGUGCACGGAUGAUGAGUCUCUGAGGGAGAUGGUUGAAGUCGCCACCCAGCGGCUCUAUGAUGCCCUCAGCCCCGCCUUCUGACACACCACGCCCACUCUGCAGAUCUUAAUUACAGAAGUUUUUUUUUACAGUUUGUAUGAAGCUGUUGUCAUGGCAACAGGAUUGUAAUUUGUAGAUGUAAAAAAAUAAAGCCGUUUUUUGUCA